AUGAAUAAUGCAUUGGCAGCUGCGCAAGCCACAGGGGGACAAGAUCCAGCAGAAAAGUAUGCAGCUGCUCGAAAACUGGCUGAUGUCAUCGAACGCGCCAACGUCGAAGAGUUCAUUUCCGCGAUCAAAGGGCUUCCCAAUCAGACCGAUCUGUCUGCCAUUUUCAAUUUCUUGGGGCUAUGGAGAGGUUCACUGCUCCACAUUGCAGCAGCCGCCAACAAGGAUGACAUCCUAAGGCUUCUGCUUGAUCAUGUCAGUGACGACCUCAUAGCAGCCCAAAAUGAAUGGGGAGAUACCCCACUCCACAUGGCCGCUAAGGCCGGGGGAUCUAGAGCUGCCACGAUAUUGAUUCGCCAGGCCAGAGACUUGGCCAAUGUUGCUGGUAAUAUUCGGUUCCUGAGGAUGAAGAACAAACAUGGAAACACUGCCUUGCACGAGGCCGUGCUCAAUGGUCACUUCGACAUGGUGCGCCUUUUGUUAAGAAAAGAUUUGGAGCCUGUGUACUGGAAGAACCUGGCUGGGAAAUCUCCCCUUCACCUGGCCCUCGACACCGACAACUCCGCUAUACAUGAGGUUUUAUUUUCACGCUCGCUCGAACCAUGGAGGAUAGAAGGCAUGCCGCCCGUUCAUGGUGCUGUUGUACGUGACAACUAUGGUACAUACCUAAAUCUGCUUGUAAGAACUAUCUAUGUAUGUGAAAAAUGA